CGGAUGAGAAGUGUAGAACUAGCCCGAGUCAGCUGAGCAGAGGAGCCGAACGUUCCUCCUCGCCUCCUGUGACAGCGAAGUAACAACACAGCGGAGACACCCGGAAGGUGCAAAGGCGAGACCGAACUACAAUGAACCGCUUCAAGACCUCGAAAUUUAAAAAUACCACUCCGAAAAUCUCCAAAAGAGAUGGCUGGGUCAGUGGAGUGCGAGCUGGCUCCAAUGGCUUUCAAGGAAACCUCAUCAAAGCUAGCUGUGAUUUUGUGGCUUUCAACACAGAUCAGGGCGGUGGUGGGAUGGUUGGCCUGACGACAUUGGAGGCUGGUGCGGAUGGCAAAUGGCCAGUGAAUCAUUUGGCAUGUCACGGUGAUCAAGUGACAGACCUGGACUUCUCUCCCUUUGACAACAAUCUCCUGGCCACAUGCUCAGCUGAUGAAUCCGUGAAGCUGUGGCGUCUCCGUGGUGUUGAGGAGGAGCAGACGGGAGAGCCGGAGGUGACCGUCUCCCCCGGUGACGGUCGCCUGGAGACGGUGCUCUUCCACCCUGCUGCCCAGGGCCUGCUGGCCGUUAGCUCCAGCACAGCUGUGCAGAUAUGGGACGUCACACGCAACAUGGCCUUGGCAGUUCUGGAACAGCACCCUGACCAACUCCAGAGCUUUGCCUGGAAACAAGAUGGAUCACUGAUGGCAACCUCCUGUAAAGAUAAAAAGCUGCGCAUCUUUGACCCAAGAGCUCAGCUGACCGCCAUCCAGAGUGUUUCUGGCCUGGCGAAUAACAGGGACUCGCGUGUGCUGUGGGUGAGAGAUGAUUGGUUCGUCAGCACAGGCUUCAACCAGGUGCGGCAGCAGGAAGUGAGGCUGUGGGACAGCAGGAAGCUCAACUCCUCUCUGGCCUCAGCAUCCCUAUCCACCUCUACAGGGAUCCUGAUGCCCCUGUUUGACCAGGACUCGGGCCUGCUGGUGGCGGCUGGAAAGGGAGAGCCAGUUAUUAACUGCUUCGAAGUGUCAUCUGUGGAACCCUUCCUACCUCAAGUGAGCCAGUGUGUGACGGAGGCCCCCAGUCGCGGGGUGGCCCUGGUCCCCAAGCUGGCCCUGGAUGUCACCUCCUGCGAGGUCAUGCGGGUCCUGCAGCUCAAUGACAACUUCAUCGUGCCUGUUAACUACCACGUGCCACGCAAGGCUGGACAGGACUUCCAUGCCGACCUGUACCCGGACACAGCGGGCCAGACGGCAGCCAUGAGUGCUGAGGAGUGGUGGGCCGGAGAGAACAAGGAGGUGGAGAAGGUGAGCCUCAAUCCAGCCAAGCGCUCCCAGACCAGCACCAAACCGCUCCAGACCAGUCGCCAACCUGCUCCACCACUGACCAAUCAGAAAAGCAAAGAGAAGUCCAUGUCGAGCAGUGAGUUGAGUUCGGGCAGCUCCAGCGUGGCUCCGUCCCGCUCCCCCUCCUCCACCAGUGGCCUCUCCUCCGGCUGCCUGCCCAGCCCCGCCUCCACCGCCAGCUCCAAACAAAUACAGGGCAUGCUGGGCCCCAGUUCUAAGUUCCGCCACAUCCAGGGCAACGUGCAGCACCGUGACACCCACAUCACUAACCUGCGAGGGCUCAACCUGACCACACCUGGGGAGUGUGACGGCUUCUGCAGCAGUAGCCAGCACGUGGCCGUGCCCCUCAACAUCUCCGGAGGCCAGAUCGCCGUGUUUGAGCUGUCUCAGCCUGGGAAGCUGCCGGACACCUCCCUGCCGACCAUCCAGAACUCAGUCAGCGUGGCCGACUUCUGCUGGGACCCUUUCAACCCACACAGGCUAACUGUCGCUGGAGAGGAUGCUAAGAUCCGCACGUGGCUGGUGCCUGAAGGGGGUCUAACUGACACUCUCACUGAACCAGAGCAGCUGCUGCAGGGUCACACAGAGAAGAUCUACUCCAUCAAGUACCACCCCCACGCCUCAGGCCUGCUGGUGUCCUCCUCUUAUGACCUCACCGUGCGCCUCUGGGACGUGCAGACUGGCAACGAGAUCAAGAAGCUACUGGGACACGAGGACCAGAUCUUUGGGAUGGCCUGGAGCCCUGAUGGUACACAGCUGGCUACCGUGUGCAAAGAUGGGAAGGUUCGCAUAUACGACCCACGCAAGUCAGACAAACCCAUCCAGGAGGGAGAGGGGCCAGAGGGCCACAGAGGGGCCCGCAUCGUCUGGGUUCUGGAGGGGAAAUACCUGUUGGUGUCUGGCUUUGACAGCCGUAGCGAGAGGCAGCUGUACCUGAUCUGUGCGUCCGACGUGAGUGCAGGGCCGGUGGGCAGCGUGUCUGCUGACGUCUCCCCCUCCACACUCAUCCCCUUCUACGACCCCGACACCAGCGUGGCUUUCCUCAGUGGGAAGGGUGAUACUCGUGUCUACAUCUAUGAGAUUGUGUCUGAAGAGCCCUACUUCCUCGAGUGCAGCAGCUUCCAGUCCUCCGAACCACACAAGGGUUUCUCCUUCCUGCCCAAAACCCUGUGUGACGUGAGGGAUGUGGAGAUCGCUCGAGCCCUGCGACUCAGCAAGACCACCAUCGAACCUGUGGCCUUCAGGGUUCCUCGCGUCAGGAAAGAGUUUUUCCAGGACGACGUGUACCCUGAGACGGCCGUGUGGUGGGAGUCGUCCCUCAGCGCCUCCUCCUGGCUGAGUGGCGGCAACGCCAAACACCGCAAGAUCAGCAUGCAGCCCAAGGACAUGACGCCUGUGAGUGAGGCACCAAAAGAGGCUCCUGUGCGCAAAUACCUGCCCUCUUCACAUUAUCUGGAGGAGAAAAGCGAUGAACAGAAAAAAGACGAGUUGCUGAGUGCCAUGGUGGCCAAGCUGGGGAACCUGGACGAUGAGCCUCUGCCACAGGAGUCCUUUGAGGGCGUGGACGAGGACGAAUGGGAUGAUUAGGACAAACAGCUGGGACCAGUCCUGACAACAGUCGAAGAAGCUGCUGCCAGCUUGCCAGUUCAGAGUGCCAAUCUACGUGAACAAGCCCUUCCACACACACACACACACACACACACACACACACACACACACACACACACACACACACACACACACACACACACAAACAUGCGCGCGCGCACAUACACACACACACACACACACGCACACACACACAUACAGUACACAUUCACACACACGCACAUUCACACACACACACACGUGCACACACACAGACAAAGAAUAUAGGCAGACACUCCUUUUAUGACUUUUAUCUGUUUCUACUGAACAUCCUUCUUCCUUGGACCCUCUUGUACUUGUUACUGUCUUUCUAUCUAGCAACCGGACAGGGUAACGAAUGCUUCCAGCUCUUUAAAGCAAACAGGACAAUGUUGUAACCUCUCAAGGAGCAGCCAUGACAUGACAUCUUGUAACCUCUGGAGAAGCGCACAGCCAGGUGUCGUGUGUAUGUUCUCAUACCAAUCACAAACACAAACACAAUCUCACUCCCUCUCCCAAGCAUGUAGGCAGAAACACACACAGAAAGAUGUGCAGGCACACGCACACACACACACACACACACACACACACGCACACACACACACACACGCACACACACACACACACACACACACACACACGCACACACACACACACAUUUGAAGUCCAGUGCUCUCAGCGGUUUGCAUAUGAAAAUCCAUGUAGUACAUCAUACUGUAGUUUAACAUUUUGUAAGACUAAAAAGGUCUAUAACCAUUAACCAACUGAUCCAGGAAAACUCUUUUGACUGUUAAAAGUUGUGCGACAGGUUCAGUAGUGGUGCUUGCUUUGUAACUGGGUCUCAUACACCCACAAUCUCAUUCAGGGCCAUUCACUCUCCUUGCACUGAACUUAUAAUAAUACAGCAAUUUUUUGACAAAUAUUACAUGUACGGUUAGAUUAGCGUAGGAUAUAACUGGAAUAUCGCAUCAUGUCAGUCAGUCAGCCAGUCCGUCGGGUGUUAUUGUUUGCUUCUGAACAUUCCCUGGGAUGUUUUCUUUGUUUACUUGGUGUUAACAAUGGAUCUCUAAAUGUCAAGUCAAGGGUUUGACUAAAUGAAUCAUGUAUUCUUGGGAAAAAAAAUGUUGAAUGCACAAUCUUUUUAUCGUGGCACAAGUCAGGUGAAUUGUGGUGUCGUUUCCCUGUGGUGACCAAGUAAAGGCUGUCGGCCAUGAUGUUACACUUGUGUUUGCUUGUUUCCAUGACACUUUGUGCAAUGCAUCAUGAUGGUAAAAAAAAACGUGAAACAAUGUAUCGGCAGUGUAUACAUUCCUGAUGAAAUGUUGCCUUGCAAUAAAAAAAAUGUUUUGACA